AUGAUCAGCUACAAGCUGACGCUCUCGGAACGAGACGAGAUGACGAAACACAGGACAGUGUUUCAAAUCUUCCAGGCAGCGAAGCUCUCAAAGACAAAGACACAGAGCGACUUUUACGAAUUUCCUUAUUCUGAGAUGAAUCCUUUUUCUUUGCUAUCCAAUGAAACCUAUCUUCUCUUUUCACACAUGGCAUUUUCUCUUUCUAUAUUUUGA